AUAAUAAAAAUAUAAAAAUAAAUAAUAAAUAAUAAAUAAUAAUAAUAAGAAUUGAAUAGAAAUAGAAAAAUAGAUGUUAUUCUGCGGCCUAUACUACCGUCCAAUCUCCAUUCCAGCCGUGCUUCUUCUGCCUUUUGGAAGAGAAACGAGAAAGAAUGGUGGAGACGUACGCUUGAUGGGCCGUUCUUUGGGCGCUGAAAUUAUUAGUUGGGUAGGAGGAUUUGAAGAAAAUGAAGGAAUUUCAAAAAUGGAUAUUAUUGUUCUUGUCAUAACGAACAAAACUCAAAGAGGGGAGUUCUCCGGCGAGACCUUCUUGAACCGCUCCCCAUCUAUUGUCAUAAGUCUAAACAGCACGUAUCUUAAAGAAACAAUUAAUAGGAGUUGCUAAGAAAAUCCAAUCUGCUUUAUUAAUUUUGGAUCCAUUACUUAAAUAGAAAUACUAAGUCUACAACUCAAAAAGGGUGUAGGAUCACAAUAAUCAAUCCAAGGAUUGUAAUCCUAUCUCUAGGGUUUAUGCAAUCCUCUUUGAUUCUUAAUAUUAGAAUGGGCAAGUUGGAAGAAAAACUUUAUGAUGAUUUCUACUAGUCAUAUCACUUUCUUUUCUUUAAGUAUUAAAGCCCAAGAAGGGUUGUAUAAACCCUGGAGGUAGGAUAACAACCAUUGGAUUGAUUGUUGUAAUCCUACAACCUUUUUGAGUUGUAGACUUGGCGUUUUUUUCGUAAGUAACGGAUUCAAAAUUAAUAAAGAAGAUUGGAUUUUCUUGCCGACCCCCAUUAAUUGUUCCCGGCAGCAGAUGGAGAGAGCUCCUCAAUGAGGUCUCAUUAGGGAGUUCCUCACUUGAUUUUGUCCCGUUAGAAUGUAUGCAGCUAUUGUCCUAUAUAUAAACUAAAUGAUACGUGUUAUAAAAUUUCAGCCCAUAAUAAGAGAAAUUACGAUAUGUAUAUGCCAUCUAGAGAUCAUUAACAACACAAGAGUACAUGGCUUUCAAGUCUACAUUCGAAUUUAAAUUUAUCACAAUUUAUGGAUGUAUCGAAUAUUGGUCUGCGCACAUUACAGAGUGGUUCUGGAAGCUGUAGCUGUGGCCUGUGGGAUCAGUGCAUGGUUAUGUGGUUUGUGCACAUCCUAUGGUUUUAUGUAAUAGCAGUCCUAAAAAUCAAAACGAUCCCAAGACAAAUUUGCGAUAGCAUUCUUGCAAAAAUAUGCUCAAAGUUUUUGCUAAUCUCGACACUUGUCUUUGACUUUCAGCAAACCCUCUUUCAUUUCUUAGAAACAAGCCAUCUGAUGAUUCCUUUCCUGAUUUGACUCCAAUUAUCUGAUUAAUGGAAGCAGAAUCUGUGGCAGGAGAAGAGCUGUCUCACCUGUCUACCUGCAAUGGAGUGGUCAACGGAAAAGAAAAUGUGUUGGAGACUGCCAAGGAUCAUGUGCUUAAAGAGAAUAAUGAUUUUGGGAUGAAGAAUAUGUUCGAGAAGAUUGUGAGGGAUAUCCAUGACAUAAAGGAUGUUCUCCUUGAGAGACGUGGAGCGGAGAGAGAUCUGAUGUAUGACUUUGGAGCUGUGGCCCGACAUGUGGAUAACAUGUUUGACGGUGUUACCAAUCACCCUAAAACUGAGCUUCAAAAUAUUGAACAGUAUAUCACAUUUAUAAAGGAAAUUCUCAUACCUCAGUCCGAGCUUUCUCCAGUCAUUGCCACUUCGAGUGUUGAGACAUCCGGUUCUUCACGUCAUUCAACAUUCGAAGUUGGGGAAGCAUCAAACACAGCACAUCUCUAUAGCGCAAAAAAUUAUGCACAACAGAGUACUGCUAUGACAUUUAGUGAGGAGACCAUAAGUAUGCUUGAUCCCCAAUUGAGACAUUGCAUGUUUUGUCUUGCUGUUUUCCCAGAAAAUUCGGUUGUGAAGAAGAGAUUGUUGAUAUACUGGUGGAUUAGUCUGGGACUUGUGGAGUCUACACAUGGGAGAACAGCUGAGGAGAAUGGCGAGAUCAUCUUGAUGGAGCUAAUUAAUACAGGUUUAGUCAUACCCAUUUAUAGAGAGCAUAAUAGGGUAGUGGACCGCUGCAGGUUGCAGUCACAAAUUCGUGAACUUACGAUUUCUGCUGCUGAAGAAAACCAAUUCCUUUCAAUGAAUCCAGAAGGACAUGCAGGAUCAACAUUCAGAGGCAACCAAGAGGAUGGUACUCUACUAGUCUUUAGCACUACGAUAGCUCAGAACGAAGUGUGGACAUUGUUCAACAUAGAUAGGAAAUACUUGAAAUUUGAAGAGAGCUCGUACCCAAGAUUGAGAAAUAUGGCUGUGAUGCAAAUUGGGCGGUGGCGUUGCUUGGAACGCCACCAUAUUGAAGUAGAAAAUAAGCUACGCCACCAUAUUGAAGCAGAAAAUACUGAGUUCUUCAAAGGAUUGGGAACUGAACUGAAAUACCUGAGUCUCCAAGGCAUUUCAAGGAUAACGCAACUUCCAGAUUCGAUUGGCAAUCUCACCAACCUGAUUAUAUUGGAUCUCCGAGCAUGUCACAAUUUGGAAGAGCUACCAGUCAAGCUCACAUUGUUGAAAAAACUAACACACUUGGAUGUUUCAAAGUGUUAUCUACUAGAUCACAUGCCUAAAGGGCUUAGCUCACUCACCAAUCUGCAAGUGUUGAAGGGCUUUGUGAUUGGAAACACGAGAAGUAAAGAUCCAUGCCGGCUCGGUGAUCUGUCCAGAUUGAUGAAACUGAGAAAACUAAGUAUUAACAUUGGGCGUGAGUCGAUGAUUACUGAAGGGGAUUUUGAUAAACUGAAAGAGUUCACUGCCCUUCGGUCGUUGACAAUAACAUGGGGAGUGCAUGACACAGAGCAUGACAGUUUGACGUUACAACUUUCUACACCUGAGAAACUUGAAAAGCUAGAUAUCCGAUGCUUCCCAAGAGCUGAGCCACCGACCUGGUUAAAUCCGAUGGCAUUGGGGAGCUUAAAAAGGUUGUAUAUCCGGGGAGGAAAGCUUUCUCAUCUUGGUGACAAUAUUUGGGAUGUGAAGGUGUUGCGCCUUAAGUUCUUGAAGGACUUUAGUAUCGAAUGGUCUCAGUUGCUUCGCAUUUUCCCCCGUCGAUUGCGCUUGGAAUACUCGAAUUGUCCCAAACUGACAUCCUUCCCUCGUACCGAUGACGGAAUAUGGGUAACAUAAGAACAAUGAUUCAUUAGGAUGCAUCGGCACUUCUCUGCAGGAAUGUCAAUCAUUUGAACUGUAGGAUGCCCACUACAUGCAAUGCAUUUCACAGGAGCUUGGUAUCAACUAAUAUCUGCACAAUAUCUAUUAUAAAAGGAUUUAGUGUUAUGUUCUCCUGCCAAUGUUAGUGUUGCAUUACUAUGGGCCUUUUCUUCGAAAGACAAUCGUAAUAUUACAGUGUUUUAGCCUGCCCUCUUUUCGUGUGUUGAGGGGACAGUAGGGUUAAAGUGUCUGGAACUUAUCUGAACUUUUGGUUCAUUUUGGGCCCACUAGUAAAUGUUUAGAAGUUUUGAUUUUGCUAUCAAAAUUUUAAUUUAUGUAA